AGCAAAGACUUCUACAAAUAAGGAAAAUAGAAUGAGAGUUGAAAGACCUUCAAAGCUCUCUUCGCUCUUCUCUCUUCUCUCUUUGCUCUUCUCUCUACUCUCUUCUUUUUGUUCUCUCUCUCUGAAUUAGUUGGAUGGAAGAAACACAACAACAACAACAAAAACAACAAGAACUGACGCAAGAACAGAUAACGGAGUUUAAAGAGGCCUUUUGUCUCUUCGACAAAGAUGGUGAUGGUUGCAUCACUGCUGAUGAACUUGCCACUGUCAUCCGCUCGUUGGAUCAGAACCCUACCGAACAAGAGCUUCAAGAUAUGAUCACUGAGAUCGACUCGGAUGGCAACGGCACCAUCGAAUUCUCUGAGUUUCUCAACCUCAUGGCCAACCAAAUCCAGGAAACUGAUGUAGACGAAGAGCUCAAAGAAGCAUUCAAAGUGUUUGACAAAGACCAAAAUGGUUACAUCUCUGCCAGUGAGCUGAGGCAUGUGAUGAUCAAUCUUGGGGAGAAGCUAACUGAUGAAGAGGUUGAUCAAAUGAUAAAAGAGGCAGAUUUGGACGGUGAUGGCCAAGUCAAUUAUGAUGAAUUUGUCAGGAUGAUGAUGACCAAUGGCUAAAACCUAAUCAAAUCAGUUUUACAUUGUAUUAUCUUUUAUAAAAAAUUUAAUCCUUGUCAGAUUAUCAAAUUUCACCUUUCCAUUAAAGUAAUUUUAAGCUACCUUUCAUAUUCAAUGACACAAAUAUAUUAUUUUGGGAUCAAUGUGAUUCACUGAUUCUUAAUA